AAUUAUUUGCUUUGUUUACUCUCUUCGGCCGGCGACCAUUAGGGUUUCGUAGAGAGGAAGAAACAGCAAGCUAGCAUGGAGCGGUAACUUCGACGGGGUUUACACAGUGGCUGACCCUCCGGUGACGUUUUCCGUAGCAGAAAUCGUUUUUCUCGGUGAACAAACCUUUCUCCAGCGAUAUUUGUGGCGGUGUCUCGCUGGUCUGACGGCGGCUUGAGUAGUCGAUGGUUGUCGGAAGUAGUCUCCGGUAGUUCUCGGGCACCAGAUCUGAGACGUUCGGGGCUGGAGUGGAGUUUUCCGACGAUAGCAAUUGCAGGUCCAGUGGAGUAGGGGCGGCCAGUGAGUCGUUAAUUUUUGUUGCGAGGAAGACAAAUGGUACUGAAUGAGGUGCAGGAUUUUCAGGUUUAAUGACAUCACAUAAUGCGCGUGUUCAAGACGCGUCGCAGUGUAUAAAUAUCUAUGGUGCUUCAGUUGCGUGCAUAAUCGAAGCGAGAGGGUAAUGGCAAUGGGGCAUGCUGGAUUCCGCUAGCUGUGUACGCUGCAGGGAUUCGCUGGCGGCGGUGUUUCUAUCUCCGGCGGGGCUUGUUUAACCGUUUCCAUUUUCAUGUUCUUCCUCGAAUCACUUUCGUCGUUUGCGGAGGAUCGGCCAAAAUAAAACAAUUUUGAUCUAUUAUUUCAAAUUGGAUGAACGGGGGCUUUCUUGGAGGGUUAGGGUUUGGUGGGAUUAGGUUAAUUUUGAUAUUUCAAUCUCAGGUGCCCAUAAUGCCUAGACAUGCAACACCAAGGUUGUUACCAUUUAAGAAUCUUAAUGGGGCUGUACCAGGCAAAAUUGGAUUUACAUUUGUUUCGGCUUUAAUUGCACUUGUCACAAGUGCAGACAUGGCAACGGAUCCGGGUAGAUCGAAACCCGACCCGACCCGACCCGAUCAUUUGUUUGGAAUCGGGUCCAAUUAUUCGGCUUUCGUGUUUGAUGUCCCUCUUUUGGUACAUGAUAUACAGGAUAUAACUUCAAAAAUUAUGGCCUUUUCCGGCAAGGAUUUCAAACGAAUCAUCAGCUGCAUUUCCUGGGGAUGGAUGACUGUAUUAAAACUGCUAUCUUCAUUCCUCAUGCCAUGCCUACUCAUCAGGAAGGAGAAAGAACAAGUGUGGAGGCCGCUGCAACGCUUUGCGACCAUGGAUUUGAAGACAGAGCUUUGUUGUUUUAGCGGCGCUAAGAUAUACCCUGGAAAAGGAAUCAAAUAUAUUCCCGCAGAUUCUCAGACACUGCUGCGACUUCCCAUGGCGUCGGGGGUUAGAAUAUUUGGGCUAUCUGUAGCCUCAAAUAACCCCUCUUUUGGUUCAUGGAAAAGGGUAUGUUGUAAACAUCCAUUGAGAUGCUUAGCUGCCACUGCGGAUUCGACCGCCGCUUUGUCUGCAGAUUAUGUGGGAGUAAAGAGCGUGGCUGUUAAUGGAGUCUCGCAUGGAGUGGACGAGGAAAAGUUGGCACCUUUGUGGGAUGAUGGAUUCGGGCAAGAGACAGUGAAGGAGUAUCUGGAUUACGCUAAAGAUUUAAUCAGGCCUGAUGGCGGUCCGAUUCGAUGGUUUACACCAGUUGCUUGUGGCCCUCAUUUGAAGGGUUCGCCUGUUCUUCUGUUCUUACCUGGUAUGGAUGGUCUUGGACUUGGUCUCGUUCUGCAGCACAGGCCCCUUGGAAAGGUCUUUGAUGUUCGGUGCAUGCAUAUUCCCGUUCAUGAUCGAACGCCCUUUGAAGGCUUGGUAGACUGGGUCGAGGAAACUGUAAGGGCGGAGCAUGCCUCAACCCCAAAUAAGCCCAUUUAUCUGGUUGGAGACUCAUUCGGUGGGUGCUUGGCUUUGGCAGUGGCAGCUCGGAAUCAGCACAUUGAUCUCGUAUUGAUACUUGCUAAUCCAGCUACAUCGAUUGAAUCAUCACAACUGCAUCCUAUCUUCCCGUUGUUUGAUGUGCUGCCAUCUGAAUUUCACAUCAUAUUUCCUUAUCUUUUGAGCUCUAUUAUGGGCGAUCCUGUGAAGAUGGCUUCAGUUAAUAUAAACAAAACGCUGCCUCCAGGGCCAUUUUUGGAGCAGUUGGCCAACAGCCUUACCGCCCUGCUUCCACGCCUUUCUGUUUUGGCUGAUAUAAUACCUAAAGAAACAAUGGUGUGGAAAUUGAAACUCAUCAAACACGCGGCUGCUUAUGCUAAUUCUCGUCUUCAUGCCGUUAAAGCUGAAGUACUUCUUCUAGCCAGUGGCAAGGACAACAUGCUUCCGAGUCAAGAAGAAGCUAGGAGACUUUUCAAAAAAAUACAAAAUAUCCAAGUACGGUACUUUAAAGACAGCGGACAUACGUUAUUGCUGGAGGAUGGUUUUAAUCUAUUGUCCGUGAUCAAAGGUGUUUCCAUGUAUCGUCGUUCCAGCAAUCACGAUUUUGUCAUGGAUUUUAUACCUCCUAGCGCGUAUGACUUCGACCAAGUUGAACAGAAUGGAUGGUUCCGCAAUUUUGUUGGUCCUGUGAUCUUGUCCACUCUCGAGGAUGGAAAGAUUGUGAGAGGCCUGGCAGGGGUUCCGGACGAAGGUCCGGUCUUGUUAGUCGGAUAUCACAUGCUUCUAGGAUUAGAGCUCAGCCCAUUAGUCGAACAGUUCCUUCGGGAGAAGAAGAUCUUAAUUCGUGGUGUGGCCCAUCCGACUUUGUUUGCACCCGAACUUCUAAAAAGUGACAACCAAAGCGUUUCGUUUUUUGAUACGGUGAAGAUAUUCGGCGCAUUGCCUGUUACUGCAAGCAAUCUCUUCAAACUGCUCAAGACAGAGUCUCAUGUGCUGCUUUAUCCGGGCGGUGCUCGCGAAGCUCUGCACCAAAAGGGCGAAACCUAUAAAUUAUUUUGGCCCAACCAACCGGAGUUCGUCCGAAUGGCUGCAAAAUUCGGGGCAACCAUUGUACCGUUCGGAGUCGUUGGAGAGGAUGACAUCGCCGAGUUAGCGUUGGAUUUCGAAGACCAACUAAAAAUACCGAUAUGGGGCGACAAGAUUCGCAGCGAUAAUAAAAAGUAUCGGCACUGGAACGUCAGAUCCGGGCAGAGCGGCGAGGUCGCCAAUCAAGCUCUGUUCUUUCCGGCGCUUAUACCAAAGAUCCCGGGCAGAUUCUACUACUAUUUCGGGAAGCCUAUCCCGACAAAGGGACGUAAAGAGCUAUUAAAGGAUCGGGAAAAAGCGCAGGAGCUCUACAUGCAUAUAAAAUCGCAAGUCGAAGAGAACAUCGCCUAUCUUCUUGAAAAGAGGAAGAGGGAUCCUUACCGGAAUGUCCUCGACCGCACUGUGUUCCGAGCCUUUCAUUCUCGACAUGAUACGGUCCCGACUUUCGAACCUUAAUAUGUUGGUUGGUGUUUGUUGCUGCAGCAGCCGAAUUAGCCUUGUGUGGCAACAUUAACAGCAGCAGCAGCAGCAUUGGGAUGGAUUGGAUUGGAUUGGAUCGGAUUGGAUUUGUUGUUAUGUCUGCAACAUUCAUACAAUAUUUUGUGUCAUAAAGUUUUAUAGUACUCAGGAAAUAGGUUCAUUUUCAAAUACUGGUGAAUAAAUUUAUCAAUCGAAAUGAAAAGCAAAGCAGUGAUUAAUAUCUCA